UGCAUAUAGAGUACAUAGUGUAAAUGCUGCAGUUUUAACAAAACUGCACUUCAAGACCAGAGGAGCUGCUGAGAGUAAAAGCGCACUCAGUUAGGAUGUCCUGUGAGCUGGUGCUGUGGCUUUCUAGCAGUUUUGGAAGGCAGGAGAUGAUCAUCAGGCAAACAUCUGACUAACUGCAGCACAAACUCUCAUGAUCAUGUGGGAAGUAAAAAUGGUGUCGUGUUUGCUCGCGGCCUCGCUAAUUCACGCGCGGCUCGUCACGCGCAGACCGGAGCGGAGAUGCCCGGGUGCUUGUGAUCUGUCCCGCUGUCCUCCCGCACCGGACUCCUGCUACUUCGGUGUGGUGAGGGACGCGUGCCUCUGCUGCGCGGUGUGCGCAUUGGGCGAGGGUGACCCGUGCGGUGAGAGGGGCCGCGCGCGUUGCGGUGACGGCCUCCGUUGCGAUCGCGCGCCGGUGAAGGCAGGGGAGCGCGCGCGCACGUGCUUAUGCGUCACAGCUGGACCCGUCUGCGGAAGCGACGGUCGCACGUACCCGAGUGAGUGUCGCCUCAGAGCGGAGAACCGGAAGGCCGAGCGGAGCCGCGCGCCCGCCGUCAUUCCUAUCCAAAAAGGCGCGUGCGAGUCCGGAUCUCAGAAUCCCAGCAGCAUGCGCUACAAAUUCAACUUUAUAGCAGACGUAGUGGACAAGAUCGCUCCUGCAGUCGUUCAUCUAGAGCUGUUCAGAAGACUGCCACAUACAAAUCAGGAAAUGCCCGUCUCCACUGGCUCAGGAUUUAUUGUGUCUGAAGAUGGAUGGAUAGUCACCAACGCCCAUGUCCUAGCCAACAAACAGCGAAUUAAAGUGGAGCUGAACAGUGGUGUCCAUUAUGAUGCUACGAUCAAAGAUGUGGACCAGAAAUUAGAUAUCGCUCUGAUUAAAAUUGAUGCAGAGGAGGCUUUGCCUGUCCUGUCUUUGGGCCACUCCUCUGACCUGCGGCCGGGUGAGUUUGUGGUGGCCGUCGGCAGCCCAUUCUCGCUUCAGAACACAGUCACUACAGGCAUCAUCAGCACCACGCAGCGUGGCAGCCGUGAGCUCGGCCUCCACAACUCUGACAUGGAGUACAUCCAGACCGACGCCAUCAUUAACUACGGCAAUUCCGGAGGGCCACUGGUUAAUUUGGAUGGAGACGUCAUCGGCAUAAACACGCUGAAGGUCACGGCAGGAAUAUCAUUUGCGAUUCCCUCGGACCGGGUACGGCAGUUUCUCGCAGACUCCUAUGAGAGACAAAUGAAAGGGAACACACAGCCCAAAAAACGAUACAUGGGAGUGAGAAUGUUUCAGCUGACGCCAUCUUUAAUCAGGAAUCUGAAAGAGAGGGAGAGCGAUUUCCCAGAAGUCAGUUCAGGAGUUUACGUCUACGAGGUGAUCCCUGGAACAGCUGCCUCCAGUGCUGGACUGAAGAACCAUGAUGUGAUCAUCGGCAUUAAUGGCAAGUCAGUUCAGAGCACGGACGACGUGAGUCACGAGGUGCAAUCAGCCGAAACUCUCUUGGUGACAGUGCGGCGCCUAAACGAAACUGUCACUCUGACGGUUGUUCCUGGAGAGCUGGAGUGAUGGCCACUGUUAGUGUCAGCUGCAAUCUAAUGCUGCGUUCACACAUACAGCGAGUCGCAGCGACGAAGCAACCAGAGACUAUUUAUUUUAAACGAGAGCUGAUGACUUCUGAUGUGGGCAUGUCCAGGGGAUUGAAAAAAGUUGGAUCAACUACCAAUGGGAGUGCUUCAUCUUCAUCUCGUAUGAUAUACACUGCAGAGUUUUAUACACAAACGGCAAAUCUCUCUCAAGACUGUUUCAUUUAAAUGGCAAGGACACUGAUUCGGAAGUGUAGUUGCUCCACUCACUGAGAAACAUGUUAUUACCAUGGCAACCACUAGUACCAUUAGUGGUUAAGGUGCUGGACUACUGAUUGGAAGAUCAGUGAGUUUGUGAGUUUAAAUCCCAGGUCUGCCAAGCUGCACUGCUGGACCCCUGAGCAAGGCCCUUAACCCUUAGUUGAUCAGUUGUGAAAAAAUUAGAUAAAAUUGUCGCUCUGGAUAAGGGCGUCUGCCAAAUGCCAGAAAUGAAAUGUAAAUGACUUUGUAGCACAGUGACUGGAAACUGUAUUGCAGCGAUAAAAUCACUGUAUGUGUGAAUGCAGCAUUAGACUUCAGGAUUUUGUUAUUCUUGGUGAUGACAGGACUGUAUGUAUUACCCAUAAUGCACUACAAAGGUCAGUUUUAAUGCAAAGAAAUAAAUCUCUAAAUGAAAGUUGUGACAAACAAUAUUACACAAAUGUUCAAUGUGUGAUGCGUAUAUAAGGGCAUUGUUUAAUUUUUUUUUUUUUUUUUUUUAGCACAUCCUGGUGCAAAAGUAUUAUCAAAUAUUUAAAUAACACAUGCUGUUUGUAUGAAAUUACAACCAGAUUUUAUCCUUAUUGUCUUUAUGGUGACGUCUAUCUCCCAAUUCACACCAGAAGAGAAUGUUUCUGUGGUGCUUUUAAAGAUUUAGUAUUUUUUUUGAAGUCAAAGGCUGCAGGCAGUUCUGAAGAAUUUGCUCAAAACUACAGCACUUAUUAUGUGUUUAGUGUAUUAUAACCAAAUCCAUCGUGGGACAUUUAAUCGUGUUGGGAUUGAUGUUCAGUGUGACGUUCCAUGGGCCUGUUGUAUCCUGCUGUAAAAUAAAUCAGACUGAGAGACCUCACAGCAGACAGAUUCAACAAAGGAGUCACAAUUUAUUCAAUUACCGGCUGCUUGACAUGCCAGAAAGCAGGAAAAAAGCAGUGCCAAGCUUAAAAAAAAAAUAGGUUAACGUCAUAUCUUUUUAUAUUGUUUUAUAUCUGUUUUCCUCAGAAAGGAAAGUGAAUGAUGUAUUUUAUGUACCACAUCUCCGGUGCUUUGUGGCUACUUGAUCUGCAAUACAAUAAAAAGCAUCUUUUUGACUGACAUUUUCAUCACUAUAAUCUUUCCUAUGCAAAUCUUGACAUUUUCUCAAACAAAUCAAGUACAGUGUGACAACACAAGCUUGUACAUGGGACGAGGAAUAGAUGAUUUUCUCUGGAAAAGGCCAAGCACCGUAACAGACGAAACAGUUGCACUGUGCCUUGAUUGAACAUGUAUGA